AUGUUCAGAAAACAGAGGGAGAGAAAGAGAGAAAGAGAGAGAGCAUUUAUAGAGAAUGGAAGCAGGGUACUUGAGAAGCUGGUUUCCACUUGUAAUGGCAAGCCUAUUCCCAUCCGCACCUUCUCAUUUGCAGAGUUGAGCAACGCCACAAAUAACUUUGAUCCUCAACUUGUUAUACGUGAAGUGUGGCCUUAUCAAUGGUACGAGGGUUAUCUUGAAGGCCGAACUAUUUCCAUUAAGAAAGCGAUACAUGACUGUGCAAGGGAGGAGGCGUUCACUGAUUUAGCAUUUUCUGCAAAGGUGAGUGCUCACAAGAAUGUUCUAAAGCUCGUUGGUUGCUGCCUCGAGACUCCAAUUGUCAUUUUAGUGUAUGAAUUUGCUGGGAAGGGAACCCUGAGGGAUCUUAUUCUCGCCGAUAAUGAGCCCCUGACGUGGGAGAGUAGGCUAAAGAUGGCAAGAGAGAGUGCUCAUGCAAUUUCAUAUCUCCACACAGCAUUCUCUAGACCCAUCAUCCAUACCGAUAUUGGAGUACAUAAUAUCUUCAUAGACUGCCAUGGGAUUCCAAAACUAACUGGUUUUUCAUUUUCUUUAAUAAUUCCUGAGGGUGAAACUCAUGUCAAGGAUGAUUAUGAUAAAUGGGAAUGUCUGAGGAUUAUGAGAAAUCUAUGCCCCAACUAUCGGAAGACGAGGUGCAUGACAGAGAAAACAGAUGUCUAUUGCUUCGGUUUGACUCUCUUGCAAAUUUUUACUGACGUGAGUCAUCCUUGUUGGAGGCCAAGAUUAAGAAAUAAUGGUACUAUAAUGGUGGAUCCUCUAAUCCUAGCAGGGGAAUUAAGAGGAGCUGGAGUGGAACAACAAUUCCAAGCUGUGCAGGACCUUGCUUUCAGGUGCAUGGAGGAGAACCCAAUGGAAAGACCAACCAUGGUUGAUGUUACAAAACAACUCAGACGAAUCGAAAAGUCUAUCCCUUAA